AAUGGAUUUUGACGUAGAUCCUUGUGAUGAUUUCUACCAAUAUGCCUGCGGAAAUUGGGAGAACAACAUGAUUGCGCCAGAAUUCGUUGAUUUCUACACACCAAAAGAGCGUCUAAGAUUAAAGGCAAUGACUCAAGUCUAUGAUUUUAUAAAUCCAUUUGGAAAUUUUAAUUCUGAAAUGAUCAAUUUCAACUUUAUGAUUUAUAUACGCAAUUUUUUUGACACUUGCAGGGAUUUUUCAAAUAAGAGAGAGAAAUUUAGGAAUUUCUUUCAUAAAUCCAGGAUUUUCUUAUCCUAUAAAUUGUGUAUUAACCCAGUAUUGUUUAAAUAUCUUCAUGUUGAAAUUGACGAACCUAUUGAUACAUAUAUUAAGAAAAUGCGAUUCCUGUAUCAGUUUAAGACAGGCCAUUAUUUUACAAAAGAUCUCCUAAACACAGUUUGCCCACUAGCUGAUAAUAAGAUGAUAAAAGAAUUAGAUAACAGACUUAACGUUCUCCUAUCUUUAUUUAGCGAAAGUCAUAAAAUUGGUAUUGAUGCCUUUUUUAAGAUUGGGCCUAAAUUAGUUAGUAACGCUUCUAAAGAAGAGUUCGUAUUGACUAUUAACGAAAAUUUGGGUCUAACUUUAGGAAAAACAGAAUACUAUAAUGACGAUAAACACUUUAAAAGAUAUAGUUAUAUGUUUAAAGUAAUAUUGAGUAGAAUAUGGAAGGCAGACGAAUUAUGGAGAGCGGAUGAAUAUAUUAAAAGAAUGUGGAAAUUUGAGAAAAAUUUAGUUAAGUUUAUCUAUAAAAUGGGAAAUGAACAACUUCCUAAUCACUUAAAAACUAUUCAAAAUAUUCAAACUAAUCUUUCUAGUACCUUCGACUUUUACAACUUCCUACAAAAUGUCUUUCAAAAAGAUUUCGAUUUAAAUACGAAAAUACUUUUUACAAAUGAUGGAGAUUUUUUAAUUCGUUUAUUUAAAUAUUUAAAUAAUACUAAUAUAGACGAUGUUAAAGAAUAUAUUGCAUGGAAAUUUAUAUACAAAUGGCGUACUUUAUUAAAAUUUCAAACAUUCAACGUUCAAUCAACGAAUAAUGAUCCUGGUUUAUUAUGCUUUGGACUUGCGGAAAGUUUCUUUCCGGAAUUAAUAGAUUAUCUUUAUUUCGAAACAUCCGAUAGAGUUACAUGGGAAUCUAAACGUUUACAUAUUGAACGUUUAAGUAGGGAAAUUAAUAAAGAAAUUAUAAAUACAUUACGCAAUAGAUAUAGGGUUUUUAGAGAUUUACAAGGUUUCUUUAAAAGGAAAUUAGGGAGUAUUAAACCACCGAUAAUUACACCUUUAAGAAAUCGUUUCAAUAUACCGUAUUUAGUAAAACUCUUUGAUACUGAGAUACUUGAUAGUAGUGAUGAAUUUGACUCUUUGCUAGAAUUUCUAAUUGCUUCGACUGUUGUUAGAAGGCGUAAAGAAGGUGAUAAAAUUAAAAGGAAAAAUGAUAAGGAUUACAUUUUAGAGGAUCACUAUGAUAUGCCAGUUAGCACAAAAGCAGAGAUAAGAUACGAUAAUAACUUACGUAGAGUAGUUAUUAGCUAUGCCGCCUUAAGAGAGCCGUACUACGUUGAAAGUGGAAAUGCUAUAGCCCUUUUAUACGGAGGUUUUGUAUGGACCUAUACAAAUGAAAUACUUCAAUCAUUAGGACUUUUCGAAAGUCAAAGAAUUGUUGACAGAUUAACAGCCUCAAUAAGAUACUGUAUUCAACAAUAUAGUAACUUUUCUCGAUAUGGAGUAAACUUACAUGGUGAAAAUGUAUGGAAAGAAGCACUUUUAGACCAUGAAGCCUUAAAAAUAUCGAGAUCCGUUUAUAAAAAAGCGAUUAGUGACAGAAAAAUUAGCCUAAAAGUUCUACCCGGUUUAAAUAUGACGUCAGAUAAGAUGUUUUUUCUAGGAUUUGCUCAAAACUUUUGUAGUUAUAUACCCGAGAAAGUGUUUAAUAUUUGGGCAAAAUCAUCAUCUACACCACCAAUGCAAAGAGUUGUUGGUACUUUGCAAAAUAGUCAUUAUUUUUAUUCUGAAUUUAAAUGUCCAAAAAAUUCGGGAAUGAGACCGACUCAAUUUCAAACAGAUCAAACUGGUAGAAUGCUAAGUUGCGUCAUCUACUAA